AUGAUAACAAAUACAAAUGGUGUUGCAUAUAACAUAUAUCAUUUUUUAUGGUUUAAAGAUGAAUCAUUAUUAAAAGAGUCAUUUCAAAUUAGAAUACCAGACACAUUAAUUUAUAAAAAUGGAGUUCCUUAAGUAAUAAUAAUUAUCUAAAUUUAGGUUUGGUACUUUACCAGUAAGGAAGGAGAGAUUAUGACCAAGAAAUCAGAGGCUAGAAAAUCUGAAAAUCUAAUUAAACAUUUUUGUUAAGGUGAUAAACCUAAUGGAUAAGUUAUUGCAUACUAUAUAUACCCUCAAAAAUAUAAUCAUUCUGAUCCUAAAGAAGAAAAAACCUUUCCAAAUUAAUCAAAAAAGGCUAAGUCUCUUUUAGAUUUCGAUGAAAAGAUUUGCAUAUAUUAUCUAACAAAACAAAUGUUUCCUGAUUUCGUUAAUUCACAAAACAAACCACCUUCUGGGAUUUUAUAAAAGUUUAUAGAACCAUUAGGAAAUCAUGAAUCUUUGAUUUAAGCAAUUUGGAGUCCUUCUGUUUGUAUACUUUCAAAAAAAUAAAACAACCGUGAUUUAUAUGAUAUGGCAUAUGAUCCUUAUGGUAUAGAUAUUGUCUAUCAUAGAAAGGUGUACAACCUUUGAUGGAGGAGAAGCUUACUCUAGAGUAAUUCCUUUAAGGGGAAAGGAGAUUUCGUAAGAAAUAAGAAAACAAUGUUAAAUGAUAGUUCAAAAAAUAACAAAUUUGAGCUAUGGACAAACUAAUUUAUCUAGAAUAGUUUUUUAUUUUAAAGCAGAUUAAGUAAUUAAUAGUGUAUAUAUUUUGUAUAGAAUAAUAAAGUAUGGUUUUUAUAUUCUUCUUCAAUAAGAAUAUAAGGAGAAGCCCAAUCAUAAAUAAAGUUAUAUAAACCUUUAUGGGGUAAUAUAAAUGUAAAAAAGAAUAAUACUCCAAUUCCAUUUAAUACUAAUUUCCAAAAACCAUAUUCAAUUAAGAAUAUGCUAACAGUAAAUACAAUGCAUCCAGUAGCAUUAAUUAAAGAUAUUGAAUGUUUUGAAUGUGGAUUAUUAUGCCAAUAAAAAGGUUAAUAUAUGAAAUUAUAUUUAGAUCUAUACCAUUUGACUUAUGAAUAUAUCAUUAAACAUUUUGAUUAAGAUGUAAAUUAACAUCCACUUGUGAAUAAUAUUGAAAUAAUUAAGCCUAAAUCCUUCUAAUAAUGUGAAGGUCAUCUUAGAGAUAUACAUUCACAUAUCCCACCUCUUAUAUUAAAGCUUUAUCCACAUUUAACAGUGCAAUUAUUUGAAUAAUUAAAAGUGAAUGAUGCUUUUUUAAUUAAAUCAGUUCUAAUUUGUGAAAGUUGUUUUUUAAAAUAUAGUGAAUCAGAUCCAGGUAUAUCUGGGGCUAAAUUAAAAGUAUCUAAAUAAUUAAAGAGAAUUGUUAAAUAAUAACCUUCCAAAAGUAUACUUAAUAGAAGACCAGAUUUAAAAGAAUUUUUAAUUGAAACUAAUCUAGAACUUUUGAAAUACAAACAUGCUCAUUCUAUAAGUCAAACAAAGGAGUUAUAAUCUAAUAGUCAUGUCACAACUUCAUUUUUACAUUCCUUUCAGAAUGUCACUUAAAGUACAAAUAUGGGUAGAAGUCCUUCUUUAAAGUAAUUCAGAAAUCCAACUGAACCUGGAUAUAUUAGAUUACAUACAGCAAAAUGA